UGUUGUUCUUCUUCCUGAAUGUAACCUUCAUCAUCAUCAUCACUGUAGAGUUUAUAUAGUUAUAGUAUAUAAUCACAGUCUUAUGUUUUGUGAGCGUAGAAAGUGAAUAACGACCGUAGAGUUCUGUGGCAGCAGCAGGGACCAGUAACUCACCCUGCGUUCACUUAAGUCUCGGAACUCGGAGCUCUGAAGUCAUGGUUGGCGGAUCCUCCGUUCGAGUGCAAACCUCAGACGCAGGUCUGUGAUGGCGAGUCCUGAGGUUUAAUGGAACGCCCCCAGAGCUCCGAGCUCCCAGUACAAUGAAAUGCAGCAUCACUCGUCGAUAUGAAGUUGGCGGGUGUAGUAAACGUUUCCACCAAUCAAUGUCGUUGUCACACUGUAGGAUUGAUGGUAGUUUAGUAUUUCUCAAUGACAUCACGGUUAAAACAUGUUUCUCUUAAAACAAGGUUGAUUUCAUAGGGACUUCCAUUGUGUCACAGCCUCAGAGCUCGACAGGACCAGUUUGUUUCCAGUGCAGCAGAACCAUGUCGACCCAGUUGACCACGCAGUCCGUCCUGAGAGAGUUCUGCCCGCUCUACUACCUGCUGAACACAAUACCAGCCAAGGUGCAGCGUGGCUUUAGGUCCGUCGUCGUCUACCUGACGGCACUCGACAGCAGCAGCGACUUCCUGGCGGUCGGCAGCAGCAUUGGCAUGUUGUACCUGUACUGUCGCCGCCUCGCCCACAUGAACAAGUACAGUCUGGAGGGAAAGUGUGAUGCGAUCACAGCUGUGAAGCUGCUCAGCUGUUUUGAUGACCUGGUUGCCGUGGGAACAGCUUCAGGUCGGGUGUCAGUCUUCCAGCUGGUGUCUCCACUUCCUGGUCGUAACAAACAGCUGAGGCGUUUCGACGUGGUGGGGCUCCACAAAGGAUCAGUGACGUGUUUGUCGUGGAGCACCAAUGGGAUGAAACUGUUCUCAGGAGAUGAUAAAGGACGAGUCGUCUUCUCGGCUCUGGACCUAGACCAGGGUGUGUGUAAACCCGUGCUGCUGUUAGAGGAGACCUCAGGUGUGGUGCAGGUGGACUACAGUCACCAGGUGCUGCUGGUGUCUACACAGCACAGAUCUCUGCUGUACUUCACUCAGAGACAGGAAGUCCAGCAGCUCGGCACCAGGCCACGCAAGAGCAGCGGCAGGUUCGGCGCCUGCUUCCUGCCGGCUCUCUGUAAACAGAGCGACCUGCAGGUGUUUGCUGCUCGACCUGGACUCAGACUGUGGAGGUCUGACGUCACAGGACAGGUGGAGGACACACGCCUGCUCAAACCACUCUUCAACACACAGAUUCCUCAGUUUGAGUUGUUUCCUCGUCCUGGUCCGGUCGGUGCGUACCGUCCAGCAGACAGACAGCUCGGACUGAUCAGCUGUUUCCUCAGAGACGGUUGGAUCCUCAGCUGGAAUGAGUACAGCCUCUACGUCCUGGACUGUCUGAGCGAGGUGAUCAUCGGAGCGUUGGAGAGCAGUGGAGACAUCGUCUCAGUAUCAUGUUGUGACAAUGAGAUCUUCAUCCUGAAAGGAGACAGAGACAUCAUCCGUCUGUCCAACAGUCCCGAGGGACUGACCUCCAGCUUGUCAGAACUCUCCAUUCAUCUGUCCUCACCUUUGACCACGCCCACCAUCCUUCCACUAUCUGGAUCAGUGGAAACAGCUCAGCCAAUCAGAACCAUGGCCAUCAUUGUAGAGGGAGGGGGGGGGGGGGGGCAACUUGGCCAGAAGGAAGAGAAAGACGACGACGAGGAAGUGGAGGAGGCGGAGGAACAGCUGGAGGAACAGCUGGAGGAACCGCUGGAGGAACCGCUGGAGGAACCGCUGGAGGAACCGCUGGAGGUGAUGGAGCAACUCUCCCGACGGCCCUGUUUGAUGACGAGCAGCUCUCGUAGUCGCAGUAGCUCCGUCACUUCCUGGGAUAGUCUCCAUGGAAACGUCAUGGAAACAUCCUGUGAGCUCGGCUCCAGACGCUACAGCGCCCCCCUGGGUCAGGAGGAGAUGCAACAGGAGCUGGUGGUGAAAGCCAUUAGAGUGAAGAAAAAACAGAGGAGACGACAAGACAGUAGCAGUGGGAACCGUCUCUCUGAAAGCAGCUGCUCAGACUCCAUGUUUGUAGUCCAGGAUGGCAGCUGUAGUGAUGGAGGAAGUGGAACUCCUCUGAGCGACCGGGCCUCACUCAUGUGGCUGGACCUUCAGAACCAGGACUCGCAGGAGGCAGGAGGGGGACAUUCAGACUCUGGCUCCAACCUCCAUCCAGGACCCCUGCUCCUUCAGGGCGUAGAGACCCAGCUGGGCCCAGAGGUCGUCCCUCCAACCCCAGAUGUAGAUCUGCUGCUGGAGUGCACCUUCUCUUACAUGCACAAAACUGAGGAAGAUGAUGGACAGGAGCAGCAGCCAAUGGAGGAGCAAGAAGAUGAUUAUCUAAACCCUCUGAUUGGACCAGAGGAAGCAGAGGAGGAGAAGGAGGUGGGCAGCUUGAUGCCCCCUGCUGGCCUGACAGACCAGAUGUUUUACUCAACUGUGUCCACUCUGGAAAGAGAACGAAGUGUGUCCAGUGAUGAAGAGGGAGACAUCUACUGUCACACUCUGCCUGGUGCUGGCAGCAGAGGAGAAGUCCACACCUGUCCAUCCAAUCAGAUGGAGAGGACGUCAGACAGAGAGAUCGAGCAGGACACUCAGGACAGAGACAGACACAAACCUGACCAGUUGGCAGAAAGCUGGAUGGGAUACUCGGGACCAGGAUGUGGAAUACUGAGCUUGCAAGUGACUGGCAGGCAUGUGUGGUGUCUGGACUUUAAAGGAGGACUGUUCUGCACCAGUCUGCCUGAAACUGGACUCAACUGGCAGCGCUUUGAGGACAAUGUCCACCAGGUGGCGUUAUCGCCUUCAGGUAACCUGCUGUGGAAGGUGGAGCAGAAGAGCAUGAAGGCAUUUGCUUGUGCUAAAGUGUCGGUGAAAGGAAAACGUCACUGGUACAAAGCUGUGGAGCAGACAGCCUUUGUGGCUCUGAGUGACGACUCCGCCUGGAUCAUCAGGACCAACGGGGACCUUUACCUGCAGACAGGUCUGAGCGUGGAUCGUCCCUGUGCUCGCUCCAUGAAGGUCGACUCCCCGUGUGUGUUCAGCCAGGUGUGUGUGAGAGGGGGCGUGGUCUGGGCCCUGAGCGAACACAAGGCGCUGUUCUACCGAGAAGGACUGAACAGCUACUGCAGCGAGGGCGAGGGCUGGAAGUACGACACUGUCAGUGAGGCUCAGGGUCUGGAGCUGAUGUGCGUUGCCCUGGGAGACGGAGGGACGGCCUGGGCCCUGGACACCGGCGGCAGUUUGUGGUUCAGGACGGGAAUCAGCUGGUCCAGACCUCAGGGACAGGACGACCACUGGUGGCAGAUCAGUAUUUCGGACUACGUGGUCUUCGAUCAGGGAAGCCUUUUCCAGACGCUGCUGCAGGCGACGCAGAGUGUUGCCACGGUAACCAGGGCGCCAGUGGAGCGGGUGGUGGCUUUCCUGUCUCAGUACUCCACCUGUCAGCCGAGUUUGGUCGGAGCCAAUGCCAGCGGAGUCUGGGUUGCAUCAGGACGCAACCAGCUGCACCUGGCCCGAGGCAGCCUCGUAGGAACCUUCUGGCAGAAUGUGGUUCCAAGAGGAACCGUCUCAGCCACCAGGUGGAGCUUCAUCACAUCCUCAGCUCUGCCUCACAGAGAAGGUACUUUCCUGUGGUUGGCUCAGAGCAGGAAGGAUCUGUUCAGUGUUUGGGACCAGGAUGGAGAGCUCCGCCCCUCCUCUGUCUCGCUCCCACCUGAGGUGGAGCUGACUCACCUGUCUGCCUGUCGUGAUGCUCUGUGGGGUUUGGACUCUCAUGGUCGAGUUAGUAUUCGUACACUGUCCCAGUCCUGUCCCACCGGACUGCACUGGACCGCCCUGGACCUCAGCCAGCUUGGUAGUGUUCGUCUGGUCAGUUUGAGCUGUGGCAGUCAGAACGUCUGGGCCAUCGACAGUCGAGGAAUUGUCUACUUCAGGGUUGGAACUCAACCGAUGAACCCGAGCAUGAUGCUGCCUGCCUGGAUCCACAUAGAACCACCUGUACAGCCAAUAGGAGUGCAGCUGGUGAGUAUUCAAACGAGUCCUAACGAUCGUCUCCUCUGGGCUUUGGACAACAGAGGAACUGUUUUUGUUAGAACUGGACUCAGCGAUGAGAUGCCUGUGGGGACGGACUGGGACCUAGUGCCAGGGUUAGCAGCGAGUCAGCUGGUCCUCAGUUGUCGAACCGUUUGGGUUCGAUGUGUAAACGGAGAUUUGGCUCGACGUUACGGCGUCUCUGAACGAAACCCUGCUGGAGAUUACUGGAAGAAGAUUCCUGGAAACGCCAACUGGUUAACUGUGACUCCAGAAGACGAGUUGUGGGCGGUGACUCCUGCUGGUGGUUUGUCCCGUCGGCUCACAAAGCUCCUCCCACAGACUUCCUAUAAACCCGCCUCCUCAGGCCCUGCCCUCAGUGGAGAUGAUGUUGAGGAUGAAUGGGAGCUCAUCUGACCUGUGACAUCACAGUGAUGUCACUGCCAGGUGUUGGUCUCUCUGAGCUGGACGUUAUGACUUCACCGUGAUAUCACUUCCUAUGACAUUCAAGUAUAAAAUGGCCGCCACACAGAGAGCCCAGAUGGCUUCUGGGAAAUGAAGUGAACUGGGUUUUAUUAUUUGGUUUUAACAGGAAGCACUUUAAUCUCUGAGGGGAGGGGGGGGGGGCAAUUUCUACUGGUUCCAAUCAGUUCCGCUGGUUCUAACUGGUUUAGUUUUUGUUUGUGAGGACGUUAAAAGGACAGUCUGGUUUAAUUUAAUUGAUUAUCAGAGAUCAGUGAUAUUAAAGGGACAUUUCACUGUAAGUCAGUGUACAGAGUGGGCAGGGGUGGGGGGUAAUCACUUUAUCAAUUUAAUCUACUGUAGCUCCAGUUUAAUUGUUCCUGAUAUCUGAAAGGAUGAAGUGAAAUAUUUAAAUAAUUUUUCUGUUUGACAUUCCACUCUCCACAGAGCAGACUUGUCUAAACCGGUUUAAACUGGUUCUCUGACCAAACUGGACGCUCCUGUGGUCUGUUUCUCAGUUACCAUGGUAACAGGCUGGAGUAACUGUCAUUGGCAACGAUUUAUAUAAAAGAUGUAAUUUUCAUAAAUUAAUUUUGUGGACUCAAAUGGACUCUAGUGGGCUUUGGUUGACUCUGGUUGACUCUGGUUGACUCUGGUGGACUGUGGUUGACUCUAGUGGACUGUGGUGGACUCUAGUGGACUGUGGUGGACUGUUGUGGACUGUGGUGGACUGUUGUGGACUUCGGUUGACUGGUGGACUGUGGUGGACUGUGGUUGACUCUGGUGGAAUGUGGUGGACUCCGGUGGACUCUAAUGGACUGUGGUGGACUGUGGUGGACUCUACAGGACUCUGCUGGACUGUCGUGGACUGUGGUGGUCCUCUCACUUUCUCCUCUCUAACAGCAUCACGAGUAAAACCUGAGCACGUGUGACUCUGUCAUGAUGUCAUCAUUCCAUCAGCUGAUUGGUUGGAGGUUCCUGCUGCUGACCAAUUAGAAUUCAGUGUGAAGUCACCUGUUGUGUGGUGUCAUUCUUUAGCUUAAUAAACAUGUUUUAUCACUGAA